AACGAGUGUUAUACUAACAUUUAAGUAUAGAAAUAUAUUGUUGGUUUAUUUAGUAAUUUUGGAUUUAAAUUCAGUAAGACUUUUUCUUAACACAAUCCAUCCAUGUAACUUGUAUCUAACUACCAUUCUGACUGGGCAAAACAAACCAGCGUUACAAACGUUAAUUCAAGUCUAGCACAUCGAGUAGAGACAAGAUUCACCCGUUUCCUGUAAAUUGCAUUAAUCAAAAUUCAGAAAAAAAACUCAAUGGCAUCAAAGAUUCCUCAAAUGCAAUCAAAGGUAGCUCAAGCAUCAGCAGCAGUGUCAAGCCAUGGAAGUUCAUAUUACAAGCUGUUAAUGGAGCAGAACAAACACUAUAUCCAAGAACCACCUACGGUUGAGAAGUGUCAAUCAUUGGCCAAACAAUUGUUCUAUACUCGACUCGCCAGUAUUCCUCAUCGUUACAAUGUAUUAAAGAAGGAAUUGGAGUAUGCUAUGAAGAACAAGCAGGAUCUGAACGUGGAGAAUGCUGGAUAUGCUGCUUUGUUUGGACUUGAGUGUUUUGCAUGGUUUUGUGGGGGUGAGAUUGUAGGAAGAGGAUUCACUAUCACUGGCUACUAUGUUUAAUUGUUGAAAUUUUGCAUGUUUAGAUCAUAAGAUCUUUUUGAUUCACUUUAAUUUUGAUGUCAUGAAAUGACAUAGUAAUUGUUUGUGACAUGGAUAAGCUUUAUAUAUGGUGAAGAUUCAUAUUGCUUUUUAAA